AUGCUGAUCAUCAAAAAGUUAUCACUAAUAACUUUGGCAGUUGGUUUUGCUUACGGACAAUCCCAGCCAAAAGCAGUUUUUGCAUCUUUGAACGCUAAAUGGAACGCCACUUCUCUUUUAUCUGAAGCAAGGUUCUGAAAGAAAGUAAUAGCGUUUUUUAAAAAGAAAGUUUUUCAGUGAUUUUUUGCCAAAGAGAGUGAUGCCUUGUACUGGAAGUUUGUAGACACAGUGACCAAAGCCAGCAGCAGCAUCGAUUUGGAAAGCCGUUAGAAUUUGGCUCUUAAGACUUAUUAUUUUAAUUUAUUACAGUAACCGAAGAGAAAAAAUACGAGUUCAUUAUCAAGCAAAGUGCCAAACUAUUGAAUCCUUCGACCAUCGAUUUGCUCAAAUUUUCUCUCGGUCUCCGUCAAUAUUCUCCAACCGUACAGCUUUUCCAACAGGUAUUAUAAAAAUAUUGACUCUUCUGAAUGAGAUCUUCUGAAUAGAUCGGAUCUGAAUAUGGCGAAAUAAAAUGCAGAGCAUUUUUCGUAGCCCACGAGCUCACUGGAUGUACUGUCGAUGAAUUGAACGAAGUCUUCAAGAAAGACGACCUAAAGUAUUUAUUAUCCGUCUGAUAACCUUUUAAGUUUUCUUCAGAGGUCCGGAGACAAUUUUGUCUGCUGACCACGUUUAUCCGCUUGGAAAGACAUCACCAGUCACAGUUGUCGUUUACGGAGAAAUCGGAAAUACAGACUUCGCUAAGCUUUUUGCCGCAGCAACUUCUUUGGCUAAGGCCAAUAAAAUCAAGCUUGUUCAUCGACCUUUCUCCAGAGUUAGUUUCUCUGCAAGAAACAAUUUUAUUUUCCAUUCAGAGAUUGUCUGCCAACCAAGUAUCGCUGUCUGGUUAUGGAGUGGAACUCGCCAUCAAGAACACCGAGUACAAGGCAGAAGACGACAGCAACAAAAAGCAAGAGGAGGAGCCGGAGGAGGAAAACCUGCACGGAUUCAACUUCAAGCUCUUAAAGUCUCAAAAUAUACGAUUGUUUUCAAAACUCUUUGUGCCUUUCAGGAAGUUGCACAGUGACGUCGCCGAGUCUUUGGAUUCUUUCCGAAUGCACCUGAAGGAAGUGGACGAGUUGGCUCCUCUGAAGAACUGGCAAGUGCAGGACCUCAGCUACCAGGCAGCUCAGAAAAUCCUCAACGAAGACUCGGACAACGCUCUCGCCAUGCUCACGCAGUUAUCACAGAAUUUCCCUCUACAUGCUAGGUGAACCUUAAUUAGAAAAAAUCUUCACUUCAUUUGUUCAGAUCUCUGUCUCGAGUAGCUGUCAACAAUAAAAUGAGAAAAGAAGUUGAAGCUAACCAGAACAGCCUUCAAGAAAUUGGUUUGUGACCCAUUCUCUUCUCGUUGGAAUCACCAUUUUAGGAGUUGACGCCGGUGAAUGCGCACUAUUUCUGAAUGGAAUCAACUUCGACGUGGACAGUCUUGAUUUGUUCCAACUUGUCGAAACUUUGAAACAGGAAGACAAACUAGCUACCGGCUUCUACAACCUAGGCGUAAACGUAAUUUUUUCUUGACUAUCCCGAAACAGAACGAAAAUGUCUCAGAGAGAGUAUUUGUCCGUGCUUGUUGGAUUGGAUAUGUCAGACGAGAAAAUAACUUACGCUGUCGACUACAGAGAUGCCUACCCAUUCGUGAGAAAUCUUCUUGCCGUGAUGGGUAGCAUCUGUUUUCAUUGUUUCAGUUCAUCAACAACCUGGACACUGACAAAAGAUACAAGCAAUGGGGAAACAGCGUCCGACUGAUGCUCCAGCCUUACUACCCCGGAAUGAUUCGUCCGAUCGCUCGGAAUCUCUUCACUUUGGUCUUCGUUGUUGAUCCAACCGAAAAAGAAAGCCGCAAUUUGAUGAAAAUUGCUCAUUCUUUCUUCCGUCAUGAAGUUCCUUUGAGGUGAAAAAGUUUUUGAAAAGUUCUUCAAACCAUUCAAAAAUUCAGAAUCGGUAUCGUAUUCGCUGUUAACGCAGAUAAGGAAGUGAGCGGGUUGGACGAUGCUGGAGUGGCUUUGCUCAACAUCUUCAACUACUUCUCGAUUGAUUCUUCCAACGAAGAAGCUCUCAAGAUUGUCAAUGAGGUAUACUUUAUUUUUUGAAGAGAAUUAUUUCUUCCUCUUUGCAGUUCCUCGACAUCUUCCGUGACACUACGUUCACAGUGGAAGAUGUCAAAAAGUAUUUCACAAAGCGCAACUCAGACUUGAGCUUUGAAGACGUCUGUGGACCGAAAUCUGACUACGACAACGGACGAUCGGUUAGUGUAAUUCAAUAAGUUUUUGAAAUAAAAAAUUCAGGCGGGAGCUCAAUUCUUAAAACGAUCUGGGCUGAACAAAGCGCCAAAAGUCCUUCUGAACGGUUAUCCUCUCGAAGACGCUGGGGUCAGAAACAAAGCCACAGGAACUGAAAAAUGUUUGAUUUCAGAUCAAAGGUGAUUCCAUUGAAGAAGCUGUGAUGACCGAGGUCAUGAAAAUAACGCCGAAAAUUCAAAAAGCUGUUAUGGAAGGUUUGAAGUAUUCGAAAGGGCAAAUGAUGUGUAAUUUUGAUUUCAGGUCGCCUGCAAGAUCGUGGAAACGUCGCCAACUGGCUUUUGGAUCAAAAGGACGUCAUGCCAAAAAUCAACGACAGAAUUCUGAACGCUCCUAGUGAAAAGCGAUACGUCGACCUUUUCAGCGGAAAACGUUAGAGUCUUCCAAAAAAAAAAAGCUUUCUUGAACUGGAAUUUUAGAAUGCGAAGCAAAAACUUUAACUCAGUUUAACGCUCUCACGGCUGAAGAUAAAGGAAGUUGCGUGAUGGACAAAAUGAAGUACGUGCAGAAAUCAACAGAAAGUGACAUUACCACGGUAUUUUUUAUGAUAUUGAGAAUUAUUAUAAAAAGUUGUUAUACAGCCAAUAACUCUUUGGAUUGCCGCGGAUUUGGAAAAUAAGGAAGGAAGAGAGCUCGUUUACAAUUCUCUGCAGUCUUUGAAGUCGAGCUCGAAAAUCCGAGUAAAAAAAUAAAAUUAUAAUAAUCUGAAAAAAAUUUUUGGGAAUUCAGAUCGGUCUUCUGAUGAACCCAGCUGAUGAGAAGAAGACUUGCGAAGGAAACAGCAUCUCCUCUUAUGUUCAGGCCGCUUUCCGUCUCUUGCCCACCUCUCAGGCCAAAGCUCUGGUCUCCAAACUUGUCAAGGUGGCUUAGAUCAUCUUUUCAUACAUAAAUCCAUUUCUUGCAGGAAGAAUUCGCAAGAGAUUUCAUCAGCGGCAAAUUGAAAUUCGAAGAAAUUGCCGUUGGAGGAAUGAACAUUGAGCGCUUCUUAAAGGAGAAAAAGCUUUUCACUUGUGAUCGCAUUCAGAUGGAAUCAAAGUUGUUCAAAAACUAUUUUGAAGUAACCCGUAUAUUCUUAGAUACUUGACCGAGGUCGUGGGGCUGGAAAUUGGACAAAGAGCUGUCAUUGCGAAUGGCAUGAUCAUUGGUCCUCUUGAAAGCGGAGAAGGAAUGGACGAUUCUGACUUCAAGCUUUUGGAAAAGCUUUUGAUUUCUCGUGGCUCAGAGGUAUGCCCUUUCCCAGAAAAAAAAUAAUUGUUUCUAUUUUCUCAGACUUUGGCCAAGCACAUCGACAAGUGGGAAGUGGAAAAAGAGAACGGCAAAUCUUCGGAUCUUGUUCUUUCAAGUUUCACUCUUGUUGGGAAAUAUGCCAAUGCCAAAAAGAGAACUUGGGUUGUUCUCAAGAACGACAAGAACAGGUAUCUAAACUGUUCUCAAAAAAGUUUCAUAUCACCUUUUAGCGUCGUUACUUUGAAUUCUGUUGACAAAGAUCGAGCCGCAAUGGAUGUGGUAGCGGUAGUUGAUCCAUUGACGCCUUCUGCUCAGAAAUUGGCUCCAAUUCUUGAAGUUAUCCGCAAAAUCACCAACAGCGACAUCAAGGUUGUGAUGAACCCGAAAGGCAAACUUAGCGAACUUCCUAUCAAACGGUACUGAGGCCGAUGUAAACUGAUCAAUAAUUAUGAAAUUACAGAUUCUACCGAUACGUGGCUCCCGCAGAAGUCCAGUUUGACCAAAAAGGAGAAAUGUCUCCCAACGUAGUUCGGUUAGAAAAUAAAGGUUGAGAAAAAUAACGAGUUCAAUUUUAGAUUCGAAGGCCUUCCGAAAAAGCAACUUUUGACGAUGUCUCUGCACGCUCCGGAUUCCUGGAUGGUAGAAGCUGUUUUCGCAAAGUACGAUCUGGACAACAUCAAACUAGAACAAGUAGGCAAAAAAGAGAGCCUUCGGAUAGUUUUGAGUCUCAGGUGGAAUCCGACGUCGUGGCUGUAUUUUCACUUGAACAUCUUCUACUGGAAGGACAAUGUUUUGACGAAGUCUCCGGCCAGCCGCCACGGGGCUUGCAAUUCGUUCUCGGAACGCCGAGCAACCCAAGUCAAUUCGAUACAAUCGUUAUGGCCAACUUGGGCUACUUCCAACUAAAAGUGAUAUCGAAAUUGCAGAAAUAAUUAUUUAUUUUGCAUUUUGAGGCAACUCCUGGUGCUUGGCAGCUUCAACUGCGAGAUGGACGUUCUAAAGAAAUUUAUCAGAUAUCUAGUCAUGUCGGAACUGAGCCAACGAAAGACCAGAUUGUCCGUGUUGUUAUAGGUUGAAAAAGAAAACAGUCUUCUUGUAAACCUUUCUUCAGAUUCUUUCUCUGGAAAGUCGAUCCGCGUCAGAGUGUCAAAACUUCCUGGUAUGGAAGAUCGAAACGUCCUGUCUGAUGACGGAGAAGACGGCAUUUGGUCCAGCUUGAGCAGGUUCGAUUUUAAUAGAGAUAAGGGAUGAAGUAUCUUUUCAGCUUUGUGGCGGAUCGUGAAAAAAACGAGAAGAUCAACGUCUUCUCUUUGGCCUCUGGACAUUUGUACGAGCGCUUCAUGCGAAUCAUGAUCUUGUCUGUGAUGAAAAACACGAAAAGCCCUGUGAAGUUCUGGCUUCUGAAGAAUUACCUCUCUCCUCAGUUUAAGGUAAUUUGCAGAGAAUAUAUUCUUAUAAAGUUCUCAUCGAUAAUUUUGCAGGAAAGUCUUCCUCUGAUGGCUGAGCACUAUGGCUUCGAAUACGCGUUGGUCGAGUACAAAUGGCCACGUUGGCUGCAUAAUCAAAAGGAGAAGCAUCGUAUCAUGUGGGGAUACAAGGUUUUCGACUUCCAAACAUGAAACCAACAACAGUAUCAAAUCAAAGAUUCUCUUCCUCGAUGUGCUAUUCCCGCUUGACGUCUCCAAAAUUAUCUUUGUCGAUGCUGAUCAAGUCGUCCGAUCUGACCUCAUGGAGCUCAUGAAGUUUGAUCUUGGCGGAGCUCCUUAUGGGUUCGCAAUAAUGUUUUUCUAUCUGGAAACAAAUUAUAAUUUAGUUACGUGCCUUUCUGUGACAGCCGCAAAGAAAUGGACGGCUUCCGGUUCUGGAAACAAGGCUACUGGGCUAACCAUCUGGCAGGAAGACGCUACCACAUUAGGUACACAAACUAAACUAUUCUAAAAAAAAAUGAUUAAGUGCUCUCUACGUCAUUGACCUACAAAAAUUCCGUCAAAUCGCCGCCGGGGACCGUCUCCGAGGUCAAUACCAAGGACUCUCCAGCGAUCCUAACAGUCUUUCCAACUUGGAUCAGGUUUUUUUCAUUAUUGCAGAUCUUGAGAAAAAUUCCUUUUUAGGAUCUGCCGAACAACAUGAUCCAUCAAGUCAAGAUCAAGUCUUUGCCGCAGGAAUGGCUCUGGUGUGAAACUUGGUGCGACGACUCCAGCAAGAGAAGCGCAAAGACUAUCGACUUGGUAAAAUAAUAAGUAUUAUUUUCAACUUAUAUUUCGGUUUUCAGUGCAACAACCCCUUGACAAAAGAACCAAAACUGGAUUCUGCUGUGAGGAUCAUUCCUGAAUGGAAGGAGUACGACGAGGAAGUGAAGAGCGUCAUCUAUGGCUCGGAUACUGCCAGCAAAAAUCACGAAGAACUUUAG